CUCUCUCAGAGUCAGGCGUCAGCUGUUUACAAGCACAGAUGAGGGACUUAGUGCGUUGGACGCUGAGUCUCACCCACAGCUCUCAGAGGGAAACACAGACACAUAAACUCCUGACUCUGUUGGUUUUACUGGAAUUGACCGAAAACUACGGAUGACGACGCUCUCAUAAAGUUCACGUUUACUCCAUGAAGCUAUGCUUCAUUCAAGGUGCACAACAGGAAACAUUUUAGUACAUGUUCUCAGUUCAGGAUCUUCCUCUUUCCCUGAAUGCCACAUGCAGGACUUUCCAGUUCCACCCCUUCCAUAAGCAAAGCAGAUCUGCAUCCAAACCAGCUGCACAGCAACAGAACUAAUAAUCCUCCAAGAUGGCAGUCUCUCCACUGAACGCUACUGAGGAGCCAGGAGCUGGCUUAACCGAAGUGGGAAUAUGCACUCUGGAGAUUAACAUGAAGUAUGAAGUCAUCCCAACUAUUGUCUGCUCUGUCUGCCUUUCAUUCGGCCUCAUCUACUGCUUUUUUGGAUACCGCUGCUUCAAGAUGGUCAUGUUUUUCUCAGGUUUCAUGUUUGGCUCAGUAGCCGUUCUCUUGCUGUACCACAAGGAGCCUGUGUUGAACGUCCAGCUGGGGAUGGAGACGAAGGCAGGCAUCAGCCUGGGCGUGGGCGUGCUGUGUGGACUGAUGACCAUGCUAGUGUCCACUAUGGGACUCCUCCUCAGCGGCCUGCAACUGGGGAGCCUGCUCUCCCUCUUCAUCCUGGUGGUUAUUGGACAGUUUCACAGCCUUACUCCCGUGUGGGUGCCUUUCAGUGUAGUCCUGUCUGCCAGCGUCACUGCUGCUGUUUUGACAGUUCUGUGGCAGAAACUGUUCAGCAUCAUUUACACGUCUGUGUUCGGAGCGACCACCGUGAUGCUGUGCAUGGACUACCUGAUGGGGGCGUUUGUUCUGCCAGGUCAGGUCUAUUACACACUUCGUCAAGAUGCCCCUCGACCUCUCUGCUGGUUCAACUGGGCAAUCACUGGGGUCUUCCCUGCUUUGAGUCUCAUUGGUGUUCUGGUGCAGUGGUUCUUUAUUUCCAAAGGAGUUUCACACACAGAAGCUCCACAAAAAAACCAGAAGAAAUAUGUCAAGAAGCACAAUUACAGAGAGUGCAGAAGAAGGCCGCAACCACACCGUCGGCGCAGGCCUCCACCCUUGAAGCGCUACGCUGGGGACGUCCUGGCUCCGAGUUAUCUGCAGAGCCUUCAGGAGCGCCAGAUGGGAACAGGCUCCUCCACCAGCAGCCUCAGCACUAUCACACAUACUCUUAUUGACUUUGACUUUGAGACUGGCUCCAUGGUGCCUCUGACAACUGCCUCCCGUCUUUACAGCCUGAACGAACACAGUGUCAAGGGACUGUAAAACCGCACGUACUGGAGAAAUCGUUUACAUCAGGCAGAUAAUUCAGUAUUCCUUUUGAAUACUUCACUUUCACAGAAGCAGUUCAGCCACAUAGACCUCUGCUGUGAAUCCUCUUUACCGACUCGCUGCGAUAAUCAUCAGUAAUAUGAGAAGGUUGGAGAUCAUCCUCUGAAUGAUGACGAGACAACUGAAUGCUACAUCCGCAGUCUUUACACCCAUUUGAGCCGUUCACCUCCGAGACACUUUAUGCCUCAUAGACGAGCUGGGACAAACAGACAUGACAGACAUGACAAACUUUUACUCUACAAGUGCGUUUGCGUCAUCCAGGAAACUGUCCAUGUCACUGGAUCUAAAAUGUGUCUAGACAUGUUUGAAAUUAAAGUAUUACUUUUGUAAAAAAAUAAAAUAAAUAAUAAUACAUUCAUACCAGCACGAGCAAUAACAUUAAGGUUGUAAAUAAAACAUGUAUGAUUCUGAAAAGCAAACCAAUAAAACAUGAUUUGAA